AUCAUACACAAUAUCCGAAGGAAACUUUGUCAUUAUGGACAUACAAGACCAUCCCUCGUCAUUAUUAGAAUCAGAAUCAGAUAAUCCUAGUCCCAAGGACCGACCGGUAUGGAGUCGAAAAAUAGAAUACCUUUUAUCCCUAUUUGGUUACAGUGUGGGACUGGGUAAUAUCUGGAGAUUCCCUUAUCUCUGUAUGAGAAAUGGAGGAGGUGCCUUUUUGAUUCCGUUUUUUAUUUUGCUGUUCACCAGUGGAGUUCCUCUUUACUUUUUGGAAGUAGCCCUUGGACAGUUUACUGGAAAAAGCCCCGUUGUAGUAUGGUCCAUUUCCCCGUUAUUCAAAGGCCUUGGAUGGCUAAUGAUGACAAUCUCCUUUCUGGUGGCUUGGUACUUCAACUUGGUCAUUGCAUGGGUUCUCUAUUAUUUCGUCCAUGCUUUCUUCCCAAAGAUCCCAUGGGCUUCGUGUGAUAACUGGUGGAACACAGAGCAAUGCAUCGUCAGCCACAAGGAUAGACUUAACCUAAACAAUUCUUUUACAACGACGAAUCAAUCUACAACAGCAUGGACUAUCAAUGAAACCGAAUCCCUUUUCAAUACUUCCUAUGGUAGCCAGAAUAUAACAUAUAAUACGGCAGCAUAUGAAUUUUGGCAUUACAAUGUUCUUAGACGUUCUGAUGGUAUAGAGUAUCCUGGUUCGGUUCAGUGGCACCUGGUUUUGGUUCUUCUUGCUUCCUGGGUAUUGACAUUUGCAUGCCUUAUUAAAGGUAUACACUCAGUUGGAAAGGUUGUGUAUGUGACGGUUAUUUUUCCAUACAUUCUGUUGACUAUUCUCCUGAUACGUGGUGUUACUCUUGAUGGUGCCAUUGAUGGAAUUCUUUUCUACCUGAGCCCAGACUUUACAAAACUUCUACGCUUUCAAGUGUGGUUAGAAGCAGGACUGCAGGUGUUCUUUUCUCUUGGUCCGGCCUGGGGAGGCGUCAUUACCAUGGCAAGUUAUAACAAGUUCAACAACAAGUGCAUGAAGGACGCUUGGUCUGCUACUUUGGCUGAUGGUUUGACGUGUUUCUAUGCUGGCUUUGUUGUCUUCUCCGUCCUAGGAUUCAUGGCCAAAGACGUCGGUAUGACAAUGGAAGAAAUUUCAACCUUUUCAACAGGCCCUGGACUAGUAUUUGUGGCGUAUCCAGAAGUUAUUACGAAACUUCCGAUGCCCCACCUGUGGGGAGUCCUGUUUUUCCUCAUGUUGAUUACUGUUGGAGUAGACACCCAGGUGACUGAACAGGGAGAGGACCGAGUUUUUU